GCUUGUCUAGUACUUCUCUUCACCUGUGUUUCAGGGGCCAGGUCAGAAAUGUCUACAAUUGAGGAGCAGCAGACCCCAGAGGGGCAGCAGACCCUAGCCAAGCAUGCACAGGAGACCAUACCUGCUCCACUCAAAGACUGGAAAAUUCAAUAUACUAAGAUAUUUAUAAAUAACGAAUGGCAUAAUUCAUCGAGUGGCAAAAAAUUCCCGGUCUUUAACCCUGCAAAUGAAGAAAAAAUUUGUGAGGUGGAAGAAGGAGAUAAGGAGGAUGUGGACAAAGCAGUAAAAGCAGCAAGGGAAGCUUUUCAGAUUGGCUCCCCAUGGCGGACAAUGGAUGCUUCAGAGAGGGGACGGCUCCUGAACAAACUGGCUGAUUUAAUUGAAAGAGAUCGUCUACUAUUGGCAACAAUAGAAUCCGUGAAUGGUGGAAAAGUCUUUUCCAAUGCAUAUCUGAUGGAUUUAGGUGGCUCUGUGAAGAUUUUACGCUACUUUGCAAGCUGGGCAGAUAAGAUUCAGGGUCGGACAAUCCCAAUAGAUGGAAAGUAUUUCUCUUACACAAGACAUGAACCUGUUGGUGUCUGUGGCCAAAUCAUUCCUUGGAAUUUCCCUCUGGUUAUGUUCAUUUGGAAAAUUGGACCUGCCCUUUGCUGUGGAAACACUGUGGUUGUCAAACCAGCAGAGCAGACCCCACUCUCUGCUCUUUAUACAGCAUCACUGAUCAAGGAGGCAGGAUUUCCUCCAGGAGUAGUGAAUAUUGUGCCAGGUUAUGGGCCUACAGCAGGAGCAGCCAUUUCUUCUCACAUGGAUGUAGAUAAAGUGGCCUUCACAGGGUCCACAGAGGUUGGCAAGCUAAUCAAAGAGGCUGCUGGGAAGAGCAAUCUGAAGAGGGUUACCCUGGAACUUGGGGGAAAGAGCCCUUGCAUUAUAUUUGCUGAUGCUGACUUGGAUAAUGCUGUGGAAUUUGCACACCAUGGUGUGUUCUAUCACCAAGGCCAGUGCUGCAUAGCAGCAUCAAGGAUCUUUGUGGAAGAAUCAAUUUAUGAUGAGUUUGUCCAGCGAAGUGUAGAGCGUGCCAAGAAAUACACUCUUGGGGAUCCUCUGAAUCCAGGAGUACAACAAGGCCCUCAGAUUGAUAAAGAACAAUACAACAAGAUACUUGACCUCAUUGAGAGUGGGAAGAAGGAAGGGGCCAAACUGGAGUGUGGAGGAGGACCAUGGGGAGAAAGAGGUUACUUCAUUGAGCCCACAGUUUUCUCUAAUGUUACUGAUGAGAUGCGCAUUGCCAAAGAAGAGAUUUUCGGACCAGUCCAACAAAUUAUGAAGUUUAAAAAUAUUGAUGAAGUGAUCAGGAGGGCCAACCACACCAACUAUGGCUUAGCCGCAGGCAUUUUCACCAAAGACCUGGAUAAAGCCAUCACAGUUUCCUCUGCCCUUCAAGCUGGAACAGUCUGGGUGAACUGCUAUAGUGUGGUUUCUGCUCAAAGCCCUUUUGGUGGAUUCAAGAUGUCUGGGAAUGGACGAGAAUUGGGAGAAUAUGGUCUCCAUGAAUACACUGAAGUCAAGACUGUCACAGUCAAGAUUUCCGAGAAGAACUCCUAAGAAUGCUGCAGGAGAUGGAGCUGUGUAUCUUCAGUGGCCAAGUAGCUCUUAUCCAACAUUGUGAAAUUUUUCACACCCAGCAUCAUUAUAUUCCUCAUUUCAAAAAGAAAAAAAAGUAAAAUAAACCUUUAGUCACAUUAGCAGUAAUAAGUAACAUCUAGAAUAUGUGCUUUAUUCUGAAAGACUCCUUUGCCUUUGAUGCUUAUGUGAACACAGUGAAUCACAUUCCACUUAACGCUGGGAGAUUUUGACCCAAGAUCUCUCAAGUAUUAGAACAGUCAUGAGUUUUCCUUAGUACAUGCUUCUUAUAGAGUUUGAGCCAUUAAAAAAAUGUGAGAGGACCAGUUGUUUUGCUUUUUGUUUCUAUUAAUGAUUUACUUGACAUUUUCUGCAUAUGUUAAACAACCAAAUAGAUGUAGUUAGUUUGCUUGUGCUGUGAACUCUUUCUUGUCUUUGCAGAUGUUUCCUUAGAUAUCAAACCCAUGCCUAAUGAAGUAAUUUAAGGCCUGCACUGGUUAACUGUAAUCUGAAU